AAGGUCCCAACGAUGGUCAUUGAAGGCAACCAUGAGAUUGAGCCUCAAGCUUCCGGGGUCACCUUUAAGUCAUACUCUGAAAGGUUUGCAGUUCCUGCUACUGAGAGUGGCUCCAACAGCAACUUCUACUAUUCUUUUGAUGCUGGAGGAGUGCAUUUUGUUAUGUUGGGUGCAUAUGUCGAUUACAAUCAGACUGGAGCACAAUACGCAUGGCUGAAGGAAGAUUUGUCUAAAGUUGAUCGCGCGGUGACACCUUGGCUAGUCGCAACAAUGCAUCCACCUUGGUACAAUAGCUACUCCUCACACUACCAGGAGUUUGAAUGCAUGAGGCAGGAAAUGGAAGAGCUUCUUUACCAACACCGUGUCGACGUCAUUUUUGCAGGACAUGUACAUGCAUACGAGAGGAUGAACCGAAUAUACAACUACACGCUAGACCCAUGUGGGGCUGUUUACAUAACAAUCGGAGAUGGUGGGAACAUAGAGAAAGUUGACGUGGACUUUGCAGAUGACCCUGGGAAGUGUCCUUCCCCUGGAGACAACGUACCCGAGAUUGGAGGAUCGUGCCCUCUAAACUUUACUUCUGGCCCUGCCAAAGACAAGUUUUGCUGGGACAGACAGCCUGAUUGGAGUGCCUUCAGAGAGAGCAGCUUCGGCCAUGGAAUCCUAGAGGUCAUGAAUUCAACGCACGCCUUGUGGACAUGGCAUAGGAAUCAGGAUGUCUAUAAAGACAACAGCUAUGGUGAUCAGAUAUAUAUUGUUCGUCAACCAAAUCUCUGCAUUUCCCCUGCAACAUCGAGCAGGCGGAAGAAGAGAGACAUCAGGCGGCGAAAAUAGAUUUUCCUCUCCCUCAUUUCCAAUUUUCAUUUGGAUAUUUCUCGUUUUUGGCAUUUUAUAGUUCCAUCGUGUUUGGGCAUUUUUGUAUAAAGCGUCGGUACCACAUUCAUGGUUUACUUUGUGAUUAAUUCAGGUUUGUGAUACGUUUUGGGUAUCAGAUCCUGGUAAACACAGAUGAAAUGAAAUAAGUUUUUUUUUUUA